AUGAAACUUCCAAUCCUUGGAUUAGCCCUCUUGGCUUCAAUUGUAAAAGGUGACUUUGAUGCUGGUACUGGGUGUGAGCCUACCAAUGUUGAAGCUGGUUUAAAAGUCGAUUAUUAUGAUAAUGUUCAAGCUAAUAUCGUUGUAAGUGGUACUCCUGAUGGGUCUCAAGUCUUCUUAGAUUACCUUAAAGAAAUUUCUGCUAUGACUCCUUCUGAUACUGUCUAUGGGGUUACUGAUAUAAAUUUCCAGGUGGAAGAUAUUUCUUUAACAUCUCCAGACAAUCGUCCAUUGUAUGGAAGAACCACCAACUACCACCAUUUCGGUUUCAAAUAUACUGGUUACUUUUAUGCUCCUCAAAGUGGGGUUUAUGAUUUUAGUAUUCUGAACGUUGACGAUGUUGCCUUACUUUCUUUGGGUUCUGCUGCCUUCGGUUGUUGUGAAACUCCUUCCAAUAGUGUUGGUGACUUCCUGUUAUAUACUCAUGGAACUGUUUUGGGUGAAAAUGGUGCCAACAACUCUGCUACCUUAGAAGGGGGAAGAUAUUAUCCUUUUGACAUGGUUUACUAUAAUCAAGCACCAUGGGGUGCCGCUGUUGAAUUGAUGGUAACUUAUCCCGAUGGUACCACUAGUAAUACCCCAGAGUUUGCUUAUGCUCCUCCUGACGUUGUACAACACUGUGUUUCCGCAACCGUUACUACCACAUCUUAUUGGACUGAAUCUUACACAACCACCUACACUAUCACUCCAGCAAGUGGCGAAACUGAGUCGGUUAUUAUUGAAAUUCCACCAUCUACUACCACUACUUCAUGGACUGGUACUUUCACCACAACUUAUACUACAAGUGUUUCAGGGGAACCACCAUUAGUUGUUAUUGAAACCCCAGGUCCAUCCACUACUACUAUUCCUUGGACUGGUACCUUCACUAGUACCUACACUACUACUACUGCUUCUGGUGCUCCACCAUUGGUCGUUAUCGAAACUCCUGAGCCUUCGACUACUACUAUUCCUUGGACUGGUACUUUUACUAGUACUUACACUACAUUUGUCUCAGGUGAACCACCAUUGGUUGUCAUCGAAACUCCAGAACCAUCCACUACCACCAUUCCUUGGACCGGA